AUGAAAUUGGAUAUUACAAAAACAUUUACCAAUCGUACUAAUAGAGUCAAGGGGAUUGAUUUCCAUCCUAAGGAACCAUGGGUUCUAACCACUUUAUACACUGGUCAAGUAGAAAUAUGGAAUUAUGAGACUAAACAAGAAGUUAGAUCAAUUCAAGUAACGGAAACUCCUGUCAGAGCGGGUAAGUUUAUUGCCAGAAAGAACUGGAUCGUGGUUGGUUGUGAUGAUUUUAGAAUCAAAGUAUUCAAUUACAAUACAGGUGAAAAAGUAGCCGAUUUUGAAGCACACCCAGAUUAUAUCCGUUCCAUUGCUGUUCAUCCAACUAAACCAUACAUCUUAUCUGGUAGUGAUGACUUAACUAUCAAAUUAUGGAAUUGGGAGAAGAAUUGGGCACUUGAACAAACUUUUGAAGGCCAUGAACAUUUUGUCAUGUGUGUAACUUUCAAUCCAAAGGAUCCAAAUACUUUUGCCUCUGCUUGUCUUGAUAGAACCGUUAAAGUUUGGUCUCUUGGCCAAUCUACUCCUAAUUUUACAUUGGAGACAAAACAAGAAAAGGGUGUAAACUACGUCGAUUACUACCCUUCUCCAGAUAAGCCAUAUUUGAUCACAUCUUCUGAUGAUAUGACCAUUAAGGUUUGGGACUAUCAAACAAAAUCAUGUGUGGCUACUCUAGAAGGUCAUAUGUCCAAUGUUUCGUAUGCUGUUUUCCAUCCAUCUUUACCUGUUAUCAUAUCUGGUUCUGAAGAUGGUACUGUUAAGGUCUGGAAUUCUGCAACUUACAAAGCUGAAAAGACUUUGAACGUAGGCUUAGAGAGAAGUUGGUGUAUUGCAGUUCAUCCAGCAGGCAAAAAGAAUUAUAUUGCUUCUGGUUUUGAUGGUGGUUUCACUGUCUUAUCUUUAGGUAAUGAUGAGCCUGCUUUAUCUCUGGACCCUGUUGGUAAACUUGUAUGGUCUGGUGGUAAAACUGGUAGUGCCAAUGAUAUCUUCACCACUGCAAUUAGGGGUAAUGAAGAGGCCGAAGAAGGUGAACCUUUACCACUACAAUCCAAGGAAUUAGGUAGUGUUGAUAUCUUCCCACAAAGUUUGUCACAUUCUCCAAAUGGUAGAUUUGUGGCUGUCGUUGGUGAUGGUGAAUAUGUCAUAUAUACUGCUCUUGCUUGGAGAAAUAAAGAUUUCGGUAAAUGUAUAGACUUCGUAUGGGGUCCUGAUUCUAACAGUUAUGCUAUAAUCGACCUUGAUGGUAACAUCCAACUUUACAAAAACUUCAAGUUGGUAAGUAACUGGUCUGUCAGACAAGAUAAUGGUCGCGCUGAAAAAUUAUAUGGUGGUGCUUUACUUGGUGUUAACAUGUAUAAAAUGGCAUAUUUCUAUGACUGGGAAACUGGUAGAAUGGUAAGAAGAUUGGAUAUAAAUCCUGGAAAUGUCUACUGGUCUGAUGCUGGUGAAUUAUUAAUGGUAACAAAUGGCAAUCUAGAUCCGGCUGCAGAUGAAGCUAAGGCACAGGCAUUAUUCUUUGACAAGGAAAAAUACUUGGAAGCUGUUGAAGCUGCUAAAGAUGAUUGGAAAGGUGACGAUAUUGCUGAAACAAUGGAGGUACUUUAUGAAGUUAAUGAAAGCAUUACAUCAGGUAAAUGGGUUGGUGAUGUCUUUAUUUUUACUACAUUAAGUAACAGAUUGAAUUAUUUUGUUGGUGGUAAAACAUACAAUUUAGCACAUUAUACCAAAGACAUAUAUCUAUUGGGAUACAUAGCACGUGAUAACAAGGUAUAUCUUGCUGAUAGACAAGUACAUGUUUAUGCAGAAGAAAUUGCACUUGAAGUUCUUGAAUUCCAAACUUUGACAUUAAGAGGUGAAUUAGAGGACGCUAUAGAGACUGUCCUACCUAACAUCGACAGUAAGCGUUCAUUAUUAAAAUUAUCCAGAUUUUUGGAAGGCCAAGAGUACUAUGAAGAAGCAUUAAAGAUUUCACCAGAUAAUGAACAAAAAUUUGAUUUAGCUUUAAAGACUAAGAAACUUCAAAUGGCUCGUGAUUUAUUGAAAGAGAAUGAUCCUGAAAGUAAAUGGAUAGCAUUAGGUGAUAUGUCUUUACAAUUAUUUAACUUCAAAUUAGCCAUUGAAGCAUAUACCAUUGCACAUGAUCUAGAAUCAUUAUUUUUGUUAUAUUCUUCAUUCAACAACAGAGAUGCAUUAAUUAAAAUCGGUGAAGAUGCCGAGGCUCUCGGUAAAUUCAACUUGGCCUUUAACAGUUAUUGGACUGCUGGUUCUGUUGAAAAAGCUAAAGAUUUACUAGUUAAAGUUAAUAGAUUUUCUGAAGCUGCUAUUUUAAGUUCUACUUACGGUUUGGGUGAAGAACAAAUCAAUGAAGUUGUGGAUUUAUGGAAAAAUCAAUUAGACCUUGAUGGUAAAGGUGCUAUUGCUGAAAGAAUCAUUAAACCAAGCGAAACUAAAACUACGUCAGGUUCCAAAGCCGAAGAACAACCUUUGAUUGAUCUAGAUAAUAAACCGAUCGCUGAACCUGUUGCUACCGAAGAAAUUCCAGAAAAGGAAGAACAACCAGUAGAAAAACAAGAAGAAGAAGAAGAAGAAGAAGAGGAGGAAGAACCCAAAACAGUAGCUGACGAUGGCGAGGAUGCCAACGAAGAAGAAGAGGAAACAGCAGAUGCCAAAGACCUAUAG